AUGAGUACCACGUCAACAUCAUGUGCAAUUGUUACAUGUACACAAAUCCCAUAUGUUUUUUGUUAUUGUUGCAGUAAAAAUCUUUGUCUCGAUCAUUUAUCAAAUCAUACUGCUUUAGUCAAUUCUCAAUCAAAAUCUUCAAUUGAUCAAAUCAAACGAAUAAAUAUCGAUAAAUUAAUUGCUAAUGAUCGUUUAAAAUUAGAAAAAUGGCGUGAUGAUAGUCUGAAAAAAAUUCAUCGAUUUUAUGAAAAAAAAUGUGAUGAACUUGAUGAAUUUUACGCUCAAAAAAGUCUUCAUCAACAACAAGAAUUAACUGAUACUAAAUUUCAAACAACUAUUCUUGAUAUCCAACAAAAUGGUAUUCCAAUUCAUAUUCGUUCUUUACCAAUCGAUAAUAAUUUAAUUACAUUUGGAGAAUUAAAAACACAAGAAUUUGAUAUUAUAAAUCUUUCAUCACCAAGUAAAACAUAUAAUAUUUCUAAAUCAUCCGGAAUUGGUAUGGCUACUAAUAAUCAAUCUUUAUUAAUUGAUCAAAAUCCCGAUAUAAUUUUAUUGAAUCAAGAUUCAAUCGUUAUUGAACAAUUUACUUGGAAAUAUGGUUCUAUUCGUGAUAUGUGUUGGUCAUUUGGAUUAAAUAGUUUUAUAAUUAUUACAGAAAUGAAUAAAACAUAUUUAAUUAAUGAAAAUACUUUAUCAAUUGAUUGUAUUGAACCAAUGAUGAAUCAAUUGUGGAUGUCAUGUACAUGUUCAAAUUCAUUAUUAUAUUUAUUAUCAUUAAGUAAUGCUGUAGUUGAAUUUACUCUUUUACCAACACUUUCUUAUGAUAGAAGAUGGGAUCAACCAGAUACUUGUAAAAAACAUGAAACUAUUAAAGAUAUUUCUUGUAAUGAAGAUACACUUGCAUUAGUUAUUAUAUCUUAUUCAACUAAAAUGGCACAUUUAAUACUUCGAUCAUUAACAACAUUUGAUUUAUUAUUUUCUAUUCGUCUUGAUAUGAUCGUACAUUCAUCAUAUCAAUUACCGAUUCGUUGUUGUCCAUUCAAAAAUCAUCAAUGGCUUGUUAGUGAAGCAAAUACAUCACGUCUUUUUUAUAUUGGCAAAGAUGGUAAACUACAAGGAACACUUAAAUAUGAUCAACAACCUUAUAAUGCUCUUUUAUUUGGUUCACGAAUACUUGUUAUACGUACAGAAACUACGAUAAAUUUUCAUGAAUUAUAA